CUGUCUGAGAGAAAGAGACGCCAAGGAGGGCCUGCAACGGGCUACUCCGUGCAGUACGUCGACGGUGAGUUUCGUAGAGACACACACGCACACCACCUGCAGGGCUGCCUGAGUCUUCUUGAGACACAGACAGCCCCGACUGCCCCUCCCCAAGGAGGCUAUCCAGCAUUUACCAAGCAGUUCCCUGGACUGUGUCGGCAGAGCUCCUCCACGCCCUCCUCCCAUGUCCAGAUAUCAGUCAGUGCCAGUCUCCCAGUCUCCCUCACCUCCUCAUCCCAGAGGAAGCUGAAACUCCAGUCAGCACCAGCUGACGACUCAGACCGCUAUGGUCCUCCAGUGCAGAUCCUGCCUCACCUAAUCCUGGGCUGUGCCAAGGACUCCAGCAAUCUGUCGGUCCUCCGGCAGCUGGGAGUGACCGCCGUCCUCAACGUCUCUCACAACUGCCCCAGUCUAUUCCAGUCCCAGCUUCAGUACAUGGAGAUCAGAGUCCCCGACACGUACCAGGCAGACCUCCUGGCACGACUUGACGAAGCCUUCCUGUUCAUUGAUGGUGUGAAAGCAAGCGGUGGGCGAGUGUUGGUCCACUGUCAUGCUGGAGUCUCUCGUUCGGCCACUGUGUGCAUGGCAUACGUCAUGAAGACCCUCAAUUAUGACUUGCGUUCGGCCUACGACUUUGUCAAGAGCAAACGCUCAUGUGUGUCCCCCAACCUUCACUUCAUGGGCCCAGCUGCUCGAGUUUGA